UUCUAAUUUAACAAAAUUACAAGUUUUUGUCGGAAUUUCGUUCCCACGAAACCUUCCCAGGUAAGGAACCAAAAUUUCACAUAAAUAUAUAUCAUUUACGCUUUAAAAUAUAAAAAUGCAAAAUUCAUAUGUUCAUCCAUCGCGAUCCCUCCUCCGAUACCUCAAAUCUCGCUAAAAGGCCCUAGUCUCUCUUGCAGGUUGGUCGCUCGCAACUCGCCAGCGUUCUCAAAUUGUGUGUUAGGCUCGGCACAAUGGUUUCCUUUGAGAUGAAUGACCUGAAAAAGAUCGGCCUGGGCUUGACUGGAUUUGGGAUAUUCUUCUCAUUUUUGGGAAUCAUUUUCUUCUUCGAUAAGGGACUUCUAGCAAUGGGAAACAUUCUCUUCUUGUCUGGUCUGACGUUGACCAUUGGACUGAAAUCCACGAUGCAAUUCUUCACUAAACCUAAAAAUUACAAGGGCACCAUCUCAUUUGGAGCUGGCUUUUUUCUGGUCCUAAUUGGAUGGGCUGUGAUGGGCAUGAUAUUGGAGUCAUAUGGCUUCAUUGUGCUCUUCAGGGGCUUCUGGCCAACACUCGCAGUUUUCGUGCAAAGAAUUCCUGUUCUUGGCUGGAUAUUCCAGCAGCCGUAUGUGACAUCGUUCUUCAAUCGCUAUAGGGGCAAAAGAGUACCGGUGUAAUCAUAUAGACGCAUUGCCGCUGAAUUAAUGGGACAUAAAUAUCUCUGUUUGUAAGGUAGCUGUGUAAGUUUUUUCUGCUCUGCGAAGCAUUGUAUUCUUUGUUCUUUAUCUUACUAGCCGCGUGCUAGUUAGUAUUAGCUCUUGACCAUUAUAACAUUCUUUGUAAGAUGACCUUUUGGCUGGAUACUAAGGAGAUCACAUUGGCUUGUCAUAAA